GCAAAGAAAAUGCGCAACAAUAUAUGGAUUACACACAUAACAAGGCAACUUAUAGACGGGCCCGAUGCCUGCCGUGACUUAUUCGCGUUUCAGCAGCGAGCGCGGCAGGUGCUCACAGGAGAGUCCUGCGAGUCCAUUGCUAACAAGCAAAGUUUUCCGCGGCGCAUUUUAAUUUUCCGGCCAUUAGUGGCAGGCAUGUCUGUGUCCGAUGAGGACUCCUCCGUGGGCAGCCCCUUCAAGCCGGCAACGCCCACGCCCACGCCCGGCGGCCAGGAGCGAACCAAAGGGCGACCGGGACCCGAGAACAUGCGCCACCAGCACAGCUUCGAGGCCCGCUACAGCAGCAUCAUCCAGAAGCAGAUCUGGGAGACCAGCAUCAACAAGGACGUGCUGGAGCGGCAGCUGAACGCCUACUUGCCCUUCUCCCGCAGUGCGUCGCUCAACAAAGACGGCUCCGGCGGCUUCGACCAACUGAUGCCCAGUGGCUCAACGAAGGCCCGCUCCCUGAGAACCACGCCCACCCGCCGACCGGGUCCCUGCCUAGAGAAGCUGGAGACUGUGGACGUGGCCGACCAUCAGGCAAAGCCAUGAAGGCUUAAAGAUCCUUCUUGGGCCAUCCAAGAUAGCGCAUAGCUCCCUGGAUAUCCUUGAUGUUCGCUCAAGAGAGCUGAUAUUCGACAUUUUUAGACUAAUAUCAUAGGCUAGGUACUGCGUCAACAUAUAUGUAUUGCUUAGUUAUUUUGGAAUAAGUAUUAUUAACGUUUAAGUCUAAAAUUAAAUAAUAAGUCCUAUAUCCUUUGAAAACUCUCCUAACUAUCACUCUCUCAAUAUUCCUCUAAAUCACAACAACGAACUUUUUAGUAUUUGAAUAACUUACUUAAAUAAUUUUGUAAUUUCGUUUUAUUGCUGCCCGGAAGACCCCCAACUUGGGUCGAAUUUAAUGCUUUCAAAUCUACCCCUAUUUAAAGCUUCAUUCUUCUACUAAGUAUUCAAUCUCUUUCAAUAAAACAAAAACCUUAUUGCA